UUCAUUUUAACUAUUAUACAGUUAAUGUCAGGUUCCGAAUGAGUAAUAAGAGCUCACCGAGUAAGGCCCCAAUUCUAGAUUUAUCUAGCUUUUGCCCAAGUGCAUUCACCCUAACUUUCGUGGUCGAAGUAGUUGGAAUUGAUGUGUGGCAUGAUUGCAAUGAGGGAUGGCUAGACCUUGGACCAAUUGAUCAAGGCCUCAAGCUGACUUAUCAAUUGUAUCCUGGGCAGAUAUUUGAAGUGGAAAUUGUGAUAUGGCCACAUGUAGCGAAGGUAUAUUACGGAAAUAACUACGACUGGGUUAGAACGUGGCAGUUCUUAGAAAGAAGAUGGCUUACAUUUACAAUCCGCCAUGCGUUUCCAGUACGAGUGAUGGAACUGCGCAACUUCGUGGCAACUGUGGUUCCACAUGCUGGAUUGGGAGUUCUUAGUGCGACUGUUAAAGCCGAGAAGGCUACAGAAGUAUACCUGCCUCCUCUGCGAUUUGCUGAACGUCGUCAGUUUGCUCAAGUUGUGGAGUCAGAGUACCCCAUGAAGAAGUAUAUCGAAGAUAUGAUAUGGUUUCGCGUUGUUGUUUACAUACCAACCUCGUAUAUGGAUGGACUGUUUGAUACUCCGUAUCCAGUACAAGAUAUAAGACACCAAGAUGCAGCACUAUUUCAAGUACAAAAUGUCAUCUUAAAUCGUGCAGUAGAAGAAGAAGUGGAAGAAUUGGAGGUUCCUACUGCCCCUGUGAAAAACUCGAAAUUGAAACUUCCAGUCAAACAAGAGAAAAAGAAGCCUGUAGAAGUUAAAUAUGAAAUCAAGUUGUCUGGUGAUUGGUUAUUAGCCGGAAUAGGUAGAGUGAUACCUUUUCAAGUGGUUGGCGAUCAUCCUUCAGACCAAGGAGAAAUAAUGGUUGUGAUAAGCAGCACUAAUUUGCCCGCACAAGAUGAUUACCCAGUUUUCUUCGUGAAUUCUUGCAAUCUCACUGAAAUUCCAACGGCUCAUUUAAAGAAACACAGAUUUACGCAUCUUUAUACAAGAUGGACUCUCAGUGAAGAAGACCAUUUCUCAGAACGUCAAUCUUUAAACUCAAAAAAACUGAAAACAGAGAUUAAUUUCAAUGAUCAUCAUUCGUUGCCGCUGUCAAAUGUUCUGGCUUCGGAAAUCAUGUCUAUAUUUAUGGAUGAGCCUUUCCGACUAGAGCUCCGCGGAAUAAGGACUCCACCACCAAUAACUGAAAAGCCGAAAUUUUUUGGUUACGAAAAAGGAGACCGUGAUUUCGGCAUAGGCGUCCCUCCUCCAUUUCCUAACCAGGACGCGGAUAUUCUCAUCGCGCAGACAAGAAUUGAUGCAAGAGCUCUAACAAAAAUUAAUGGUACUCUCAACGGAGAGUUUCCAUUGUAUCCCCCUGAAACAUAUUUGGUGCCAUUAGAACGCGAAGGAAUUUGCACGAACGAUAUUAAUGCAGUAAGGGCGAAGGUGCAGCCAAAUUUAGUUAUUCAGCCAUCAGUUAUAUUAGAGGCACAGAUGACGUUAGAACUAUCUAUGGGUCUCGUUGGAUGCAAACCUCCGCAAUUAACUCAAAGAUAUUCUCGACUAUUCUGUCUUAUUAGCGAUGCUGCAGCUAUAAUGACUAUAUUACGACAGAUAACAGAAAUAAACGAGAACGUUUUGAUAUCAGGCAGUAGAGAAGGUUUGUUGACAGGAUUCGGAUUGGAUACAGGAGAUACGGUAAUGUUGUAUGUAGAAGGUCCAAAGGAGGGACAGAUUCUGCGUGUUUGGGAACGUACGGAAGACUUUCAUCCAAUUGUGAAACCCGUUUUUUCGACUUCAGCUAAGUAUCGGGCCCGUUUGUAUCCUGAACUACUACUUGCUGCUAUGCCAUUUAACAUUUUGAAGAUGUUCGUUCCUCUGUCAGUAUUAUUAGGUUUGACACCGAUUUACGCUCGUCCAUCACUACCAUUGCCAACUCGUACUGCCGUCCUCAAGAUAGGUCGUUUGGUGGCCAGUAAGUUCCAAUGGGCCCCGUGUCACCAUGAAAUGCCAACAGCCAUGGAACUCAAGAGCUUUAGACUGGAGCUCUGCGUGGCACCGCGGCCCCCGCCCGUUAUCAUUACAGACACAACACCCAAAAUAAACAACUCACCUUCAUGUGCGUCAAUAGAGAAGAAAUCGCCUACCAUCACCGUUGAAAUUAUAGAUCACAAAUUAUCGGUUUCAAAUUCUGGUGAUGGCUUGUAACAGUCAUCAUUCUUGGCCCUGAGAUUGGUGAUCACGUAUUGAGGUGGAUGUUAGAAUUCUUCCAAUUCAGGUUUCUCACUAAAUGGGGAAUUAUUACUGACAAGUACAACUUGGAUGAUACGACAAACAUCACUUGCUGUUCCAUUCAAACAUUGUGAUUUCUAAUGCAAUGUGAUUAUGAUGUGUAGAAGACUUAGUUUCUGGUAAAAAAAUGGGAGGUUAUCAAGUACGCAAAAAAUUGCCUAUCUAUAGAGAUAGGUACAAUUUCAAUUGGCAAUUAUUGCACAUGUCAAUAUUAAUUGUAUUAUUGUAUAUAGAAUAAAAUAUUUAUUUAUAGAUCCCUCGGACCAACAAAAUAUUGCUUCAGACCAAAGUGUAACGAGGAUCAAUUGGGACAGGAAAAUCUAAAAGAAAACACUGAAUUCCCAAGAUACCUGCAAAUUCCUGAGGUUGGAGGGUAAUAAUUGAAAUGAAUCACAAUUUUUUAUUUUCAAUUUUUAUUUUGUAACCAUGUUAUCAUUGUUUGUUAUAUUUA